GUUGGAGUUAAAUUAUCAAGGACCAUUGACGGGUUUGAUCUUUGGUGCAUCAGUUGGCGAGGGCGGCGACAGAGGGCGCUGGUGGUGUGUUUAUAUUCUGCGUUAUUGUUGAUAUUGAAAGUGUACAUUGGGUCGAGCCACACAAUCACCACAGAACUUCCUCAUACUACAGAGAUACCACUCUUUUUUAAUAGUGAUCGUCGUUUUUUAGAGGACAAACAAGAGUUACUGCUUGGCACACAACUGUUCCACAACUUUAUACUUAUGCAGAGGAACUACUGGCAGAGACCAGUGGUGACAAUGGCUACAACACACACCGUGCGGACAGUGGGCAGUAUGCCAGCAAAAUUUGUUCCAAGAAAGAAAUUGCGGACCCGACCAUCUAGCAUUGGUUACCAUCGAGUGGCUCUCAUACAUGGUGAACCAGAGCAUAAGAUUGAUGAGUUCAUGCUGUAUAGUGAUGAGGACGAAGAUGAAGAUGAAAAUGAUGGAGAAGAGGAAGAGAAUUCCCGUGAUGGAGGCGGUUAUAUUGCUCUGGGUGGGGUGCCUCACCACCCUUCACACUCGCAUCAUACUGUACGACGUAAACAAUCUUUUAUGCAGAAAUACCAACCAUUAAGUCGCAACUUUGCUGACUACGUCUUAACAAGGUCACGGGGCUGCAGCAGACUUGAACAUCAACAUAUUAACGAAGAAUUUGGAACCAGACACAUGCUUACGACAGGCAUGUUUAGAGAAAGACCAAUACCUCUAGACCGAAUCAAUAAGGUUUUCUGCUCCCAGUGGUUGAGUGAUCAUCAGAUAGCAAUGGGAACUAAGUGCAAUAAGCUAAAGGUUUAUGAUGUCAAUACAAGACAAAUGGUUACAAUUCCUUCUCUGCGAAGUUCAGAAUUACACCGCCCACCAGAACAGCAGUGUGGAAUCCAUUCUAUAGAAGUAAAUCCAUCUAGAACACUCUUAGCCACUGGUGCUCUAAAUUCUAAUGAUAUUGCUGUGUACAGACUUCCAACAUUAGACCCGGUGUGUGUUGGUGAAAAAGCCCACAAUGACUGGAUUUUUGACAUGUGUUGGUUGGAUGACCAAUUUCUUGUAUCAGGGUCAAGAGAUACCCGCUUGUCUUUAUGGAAAAUUGAUGAUGACAUGGAAAAGGACGACUCCAAUGUUCUCCCUAGCUAUGGGUACAUAAAACCAGUGAAAGUUAAGAAAUGUAAUGGAGCAGAGAAAGUACGGGCUGUCAUAUUCAAUCCCAACUUUGUUGAGAUCGUUGCUUUGUCCCUAAAUGCAUACCUUCAUGUGUGGGAUGCAAAUCGUUUUGUUCAGAAAAUGUCUCGUAAACUUCCGCACGCUAUGGAAAAUGUUUGUCUCACCAGAAAAGAAGAUAGCUCUCUAUAUGCAAUAGGAUCUAAAUCACAUACAACUCUGCUUGAUCCUAGAACUUUACAUUAUGUCAGAAAGGUGAAUGCUCGAAUUACUGGAUGUGGCAUUCGAUCUGUAAGCUUCCAUGGUGAUAUUCUAACAAUAGGGACAGGAGUGGGUGCCAUCAUGUUUUAUGAUAUGCGAGCUGGGAAAUAUAUGGAAUCAACUAUGAACAGUGGACGAGCUGUCGUGCUGAAGAGUACUAGAGGAUGGGUAAGUGCAGAUGAUCAGUACCAUGACGUCUUUCAUAAUGUUGAAUACACUCCUGCAAUAUAUACCCACUGUUAUGACUGGUCAGGAAUGAGACUCUUUACUGCUGGUGGUCCACUGCCAGCAUCUCUCAAGGGUAAUUAUGCUGCCCUCUGGUGCUGAGAUUCAAAAAGAUGUAAUGUAUCUUCAAAUUUUAGAUAGUGAAACAUUUCUUGUGACCUUCAGCUGCUGUUUCUACAUUUAUGAUCUCUUAAAUAUGCAAUUUAAGAUUGUUUUGAGGUUCAAGAUAAGAUACAGUUAGUUGUAUGUCAUAUACAGUAUUUAAAAUAUUGACAAUUCUUGAUGGGAUACAAACUGAUAGGGAAUUUGUUUUUUUUAUCUUUUAAUAAGUACGCGAAAGAUUCUAAAUAGUUUGAAAGAGAUCAGCAGAGAUAUUUCCCUUUUUACAGCCUCUAAAGAAAGCUUCAUUGUGGAUGCCAAGGAAAAACUUGAUAUGGUCGGACUUUUCUCUAGUUAAGGUCACUAAAUUGCAAGUUACAGAAUACAUUAGAAAAUGUGAUGCCAUCUUUCAAAUGCACUUCAUUAAUGUCAACCUAAUCAUUCCAGAUAUUUAGCUCAUUCCAUCUUCAUCUGUUGUCAGUGGGAUCAUGUGUAGCAGUCACCACUUAUUCAUGUCCAGGCUAAUGCACUUCUUAUACUGUAACAAAGUCAAGGUGGAAUCAGAAGAAAAAAAACAUAGCAUUUGAAAUAUGGCCUAUAAUUUGUUCUGCUUAGGCUACACCAUUGGGUGGUGAGCAUAUAUGUUGAUAAUUUUAAUAUAUUUAUGUAUAUACAGUACUGUGUUUGGUCAUUUGUUGUCCAUGUAAUAAGGUAAAAAAAAAAUUAGAUUGUUUUUUUAAAAGGUUUGCAGUAUUUUUUAAUAUAUAUUUUUUUUAAGCAAAGGAAUAAACAUGAUUUGUCUUGUUGUUAAUGAAUUUUUUAGGUUCUUUUAUGAAAUGGGCAUUGUAACGAAAUCUCCUGGAAAGGUGAAUGCUUUUGUAAACAGGGUUUAAGAUGUAAGUGAAAGCGCUUGCCCAUUCUUAUACAGCUAUUCCUCUAUUUACAACCAUUUCUAUCCAAAAUUUCACUUAAACAAAGUAAAUAAAUUAGGGACCACUUUUCUAUAUUCGCAAGCAAUUUUCACGUUCACAAAAACCCACACAGGUACGAAAUUAAUAAAGUAUACGGCAGGAAAAACCAUCGGUACAGUGCAUCCCAGCAUCCUCAGUUGUCACUGUCUGGCAACCUUUUGUGUACUGUUAAUUGUGUCGCUAGUAAAUGCGUUCCGUUUGUUUCAUGGCUUAUUUUUUUAUGCCCAUCAUCUCCUUUUUGAGUUCCAAAAGGAAGCCAUCUAUAGGGAACAUCUAGGGAGAAAGUAUAAAGUCUCUCAAGCAUGCGAGGAUUGUAUACCAAAAAUAUUUUUUAGCAUAAACCCAAAUUGUAUAAAAUGGACAAUUAUUUAAAUAUAAAAAUAGCAUUGUAUUACAAAGCCUCUAUUCUAUACUGCCCCAGACCCAUGUCAACACUAUUUCAUGACAUUUAAAUAGUUAUCAUGUUAUAAAAUACUGUAAAAUAAUAAAAUAAAACUACAAUUCAAAUAAACACUUAAGGACUCCUCCACGACACAAGACAAGCUCAUCACCGUGUGUGAAAUGUUCUCUUUCUCACUAUUAUUCUCUCCUGUGCAUUUUUAUUAAAAAAAUAAUAAUAAUAAUAUUUUUAUUAAAAACAAACCCACCGGAUAAUAAAAUAUUUAAAUGUAAAUCUAUACACUUGGUAACCUAAUUGUUUUGUCUUUGACACUUAGUGUACAGCUGCACUAAAUAUUAUGUAAGGUACACACACUAAUAUGUUACCCUCCCGGCACAUUUUGUUAUAAAUACAGCCGUCUCUCAAUUUACAUGGUACGUACCGGUAGUUACAUUCUUGAGAAUGGCCGUGUAAAUCAAACUUAAUUAUCCCAUAAGAAAUAAAGGAAAUGGCAAGGGUUAGGAGAAAUGCUCCCUAAAAACUGUAAUAAUAUACAUAAUACAAUAAUAGCAGUAAACCUAAUAAUACAGUAGUAAGAAAAUGGAUUUUAAACAAAAAUUUGUGCUAACAUUUACGUUGAACGAUGGCUGGGAUGGGGUGGUGGUGUAGGAGAGGU